AUGGAAAAGAGAGCACUGCUUCUUUCUGUCGUUGUAUUGUUCAGUUCAUAUGCACAAGGUUCUCAGUGGUGGAACAGUUAUGAAAAUGUGAUCAAAAAUUAUAUUUCACUGUUUGGAGCCAGUACUGCAAUUGGCGCAAAUGCUACAAACGUGUUACAGUUACCCAUUGAAUAUCGGUAUGUUUCUUGGAGUAUUGGCGGCUAUGGAACAUUUAGUGCAGUUAUUACCCUUCCAAAUAUCUUAAAACUCUUCAAUCCUAACAUCACUGGCUAUUCUAAAAGGAAAACUUUCCACCAAAUACCACCAACGCUACAGCAGACAGGAUUUAACUUUGCAGUGACUGGAGCUAACACAUACCAUCUACCCAAACAAGCACGGCGUCUGGUUGACACGAUGAAAACAUUUCCUGGUAUAAACUUCGCCCAAGACUGGAAAUUAGUCACUGUCUUCAUUGGAGUUAACGAUUUAUGUGACUACUGCAAAGACACGGAUCUGUUUUCACCUUACAGCUUUAUAUACAAUGUCACCGUAGCCUUGGACAUACUUUGUGAUGAGAUGCCUAGGACAAUAGUGAACUUAGUACAGUUACUGCCAAUUGAAGGUCUCCGUUUAGUCAACGAUGGCUCUUUCGGAUGUUUACUUCAAAGGAAGUUUUGUCCAUGUUUAGUAAACCCUACGCCUGAUUCAGCUGAAUUAAGGGAAUUGCGUAGAAUUAAUAAAGCGUUUCAGACAAAGCUGGAAGAGCUGGUUGCAUCUGGGAGAUUUGACCAAAAAGAAGAUUUCACUGUGAUACUUCAACCGUUUCUGAAAAGCAUAAAACCUCCAUUAAAUUUGGCUGGUGAGGUUGAUUACUCCUUUUUCAGCCCAGACUGUUUCCAUUUCACCAUAAAGGGGCACAAGGAGAUGGCAAAAGCACUUUGGAAUAACAUGUUCCAACCAGAAGGGGAGAAGGUGGAAAUUUAUUCAAUUUCCAAACCAGUGCAGCUCAUUUGUCCAACAAAGGAACGCCCUUACAUUUAUACCCAUUGGAACAGUGUUGCUUCUAAGCCUCCGCCAUCCACCAGUGUGUCUGCUCCAUGGUCACAAAUAGAUGUUUCCACAAUUACCCUACUUCUUGUCCUUUUUGUUAACCUUUCCUGACCUGUUACAUCCAGGCUUUAAAAGUGUUGUUGAAACGUAAGUGAAGAAAUGAGCACUGAAAUAUACAUUUCCACUGGGCAUUGUUACAACCAAACAACUGUUCUCAAUGACAAAGAGCAUAAAAUGCUCAAAUAUAUGGCUGCAACAGAUGAAUGUUUUAAAGACCUUUAGUCCUUUAGGAGUACACUAGCAGAUGUAACAUGGAUUUUCAUUGAACUACUCAUACUUUUUCUGAUGCCAACACAUAUUCAGCAUGUGUAAGUUCAAUAAACAUGACUUUCUAAUCAUUGAAAAUAAUCAAUGAAAUACCAUGGGACACAAAGUUUAGUAAGCACUAGCUGGCCUGCUGGGUUGAUUUUACCAUUCCUACUGCAUUUGCUUGUGU